AUGGUCGAUUGGCAACCGUUUGCAACUUAAUGGCACCAAAUGUAAAGAGUUACGUAUACACUUUGGAAGGGACGCAUUAGAUUUUUCGAAUAUCCGUGUCAACGGCAGUAAUUUAGAAAUUGUUAAUCAUGUCAAAAUCGUGGCUCUAACGAUUAGUAACGAUCAAUCGUAGCAUAUCAACAAUAUCGUUAAGAAGGCCAACUGCAAGCGGAUUUAUUUUAUGCAGGGCCGCCGAGCGGGGGGGGGGGGCAGGGAAAAUUGCCCCGGGCCCCGAGGUGCUGGGGGCCUCUGAAAAUUUUUUGUUAUUAGGCCCCAGUCUUUUUUGUGUGUUAAAUAUUUCCGCGCAAAGGACAAGAUAUUUGUUUUCUUGAUACAGUAUGUUAUUACAUAGAAUAAUUAAAUGUGUAAAUUACGUACGUAAUUCAGCCAUGGCUGCGAUGUAAUUUUUAAUAAACCUAUCUAUCUAGGUUAUGAUUAUGAUUAAAUGAUAUGAUUAAUGAUUACGGUUAUUAUUAUGAUUAUAUAGGAAGAAACGUUACUCUCUCUAUUUGAUUGGCAUCUUGGUCAUCGAAAUUCCCUUUCUCCUCGCCUUCGCUGGGUGGCUUCGGUUGUUUCAAACCAACGUAGAACACCCCCAACUUAUUCAAAAUCAAGACUUGUUUCAGAUUCUGUUGCCACGUACAAAGCAAAAAGGGACGAAUCAAACGUCUGUGCAACAGUAUCGUACCAAAUUCGAAGGACUGGAUGUUCAAGAUUUUCUUGCCAAAAUAGAAGGCGCCGCCGCUCAAAAUCUACGAAUACAUAUCACUCACGACCAGCGAACUAAGAAAUCACGCGUUGCUAUAGAUUAUACCGAAUUAGCUUUUCCAAAAAUUAUUGACAUUUCGAAAACCAGUGGAAGAAAUCCAUCGAAGAAAUAUGCUUACGUCCAUCAUCAAUACAAUGACCAACUUUCGAAAAACACUCGCGCGUUUAUUAGCCUUUGUGCGCAAGCUGGAACAACCGGGCGAAAAGUUGUUAGGCCUUCUGUCAAACAGACAAAACUUAGUUCUGACGAAUCCUGGUUUCUUUUGGAAACUUAUUACGAUGUCAAGUACUUAGACAGCCUGCUAGCAGCCGCUGAUUAUGCAACUCUUGUGGACAUGGCGGAGUACUUGAAGGAAUGCCCAUCCAACAGCCCGGAUCAUGUAAGCAUAUAUUUCAUUGACAACUCACAAGCAUCGAUGGGCUUUACUACAGCGACUCUUCGCUUGAAGGAAGAUUAUUAUAAGGCGAUUGUAAAAAACACCACUCAAAAAGGUUGGACUGAAUGUUCAUUUGUUGACAGAGCCAUGAAGCGAACUCCUGGAAAACAAUACUGCGUGAACGGAGAUAUUAUAAAAGAUUGGAAAGUAUUUGAAAAAGAUAUCGUUAAAAAUGAAAAGUGUCUUAAUAUAUACUUAUGGAGAGGAAUAGAUGGUGUUACAUAUCGUUUGAAGUUCAGUGAAGAUAAUAUGAAGUUUUCCUCAAUUGAUGUUACAUAUGCGUUGAGACCAGGUCAGCCCGUCGUGAACGAAGUCGAGCGUUUUGCGAAAGAUGCCCUUGAUGAGAACUAUAUUGCAGUGUAUGUGCGAAGUGAGUUUAUGCUACGAGGUUCAUCUAUGGAUUAUCUUCGAAAAUGUGUUGAUUUGGUGCUCGAGGUUUGUAUUCGUAUUUUGUAUUUUCUAGAUACAGCACACAACGUAUAGGUGAACAAGACGCCUGCUGAGGCGUUCACACUGGCCUCGCGGUUGGUAAAAUACCAUCGCAACACUUAAAGGUGCUCUACAGUCCGUAUGUAAACAAAGCCUUUAUUUACAUUUUGUGUCCAAAAUAUUGAGCUUUAUUCGACAACUAUUUAUAUUUUCAAGCUUCUAGAGUAUAAUAAAUGAUCAAGAAACAAUAAUCAGGCUUUUCAAGAACCCAAAACAUAGUUAAACUGUUUGUAUCAUAAAAAGUGGGCUCCUUUGUGCACAUGCGCAGAUCGAACUGUAGAUCACCUUUAAAAAAUAAUUUGAAACAUGCAGAUGUUCUUCACCUCUUGACCGCUGUCACUUCAUGAUCACAAACAUUCAGAGGACGGCACAAUAAAAAUCCAUACAAAACCAAUAGAGUUCAGCGAUAUAUCGAAAAACACAGAAAAGUUCAGGCGCAUGCGCAAUGAAAUAUAAUAAAACACGUCCCACAAUUACAGCGUCUACGAUUUGUAACGUAGGUAAACACGAAAUUCGUUCUGAUUAACAUUGUGUAGAAUUGGUCCUAAUAAUAGUCGUGAGCAUGUUUUAGCUAAAUUGCGCAAUCCUGAGCCCACGAUGCCGCAAUGGAAAGUCACACUUGCGAAAAACAAGAAAAAACCCCCGAAAAAUUCCUUGCAUUUUCAGCAAGGGCAAAUUAUGGCACUGGCUGCGGCCAGUGUAAUUAGUGCCCGUAUUGGAGAAGUGUCCGUAUUAGAGAGGAGUCUGUAUUAGAAAGGUAUAUGUACGUAUUAGAGAGGUAUACGCGUAUUACGGUAUUAGAGAGAUUUACGUAUUAGAGAAGUGUCCGUAUUAAGGCCUGAUUCCACGGGCGCUUUUUCUCGGCGAAAUGCGAAAUAUUUCGCCUGUUUCUUUUGAAUUGUGGGCAAUCAAGUAUCAAUAAUUUAUUCGAGUGGUCGCAAUUCAAAAGAAACAUGCGAAAUAUUUCGCAUUUCGCCGAGAAAAAGCGCCCGUGGAAUCAGGCCUUUAGAUAGGUGUACGCAUUAAAGACUAGAGAGAUGUCCGCAAUAGAGAGAUGUUCGUGUCAGAGAGGCAUGUGCGUAUUAUAGAGAGACGUUCGUGUCAGAGAGGUGUCCGUAUUACAGAGGUGCCCGUGUUAGAGAGGUGUACAGUACGUAUCAGAGAGGUGUACAUAUUACAGAUAAGUACGUAAUAGCGAGAUAGGGAGGUACAGUUCGGCUGUUAUUGUUUAUAACACGCUUUGUAAAUAUAUUUUACCCACGACAGGUUUUGGUGGCUCUAAAAAGUACCACUGGUUUAUCCCAUGUUUACGUCGCCACCGAUAUGGGUGACUACGGUUCCAGUUGGCUUGUGCGCUAUCGGAAGAAGCAACACCUAGACGAAAACUUCUUCAAACUUAUCCAUGAUCAUAUAGUUGAAAAAUCCCAAGGGGUGGCUUACAUCCCUCCGUCUCACGUACAAGAUCGCGGUGUGAUAGCCCUGGUUGAUAUGACUUUGAUCUCUAACGCACAGUAUCUUAUAAGCGCCGGUACGGGAACAUUUCAAGCGUGGAUUGCAGCGAGGUUCUUACAGAACCAUCGUAAUGAUGAACAGCUAUGGUCUAAAAUCACUGUGUGUUAA